GUCUUUUCACCAGCUUACGGCCCACUAAUGACAUUUAUGCAAAUGUGGAGAAACUGUGGAAAAUGGACAUUCUUCCGUAUCAAAACGAGAAGGUACUGACAAGGUCUAGACAAGACAAAGAGUCCAUUCAACUUCUCCAGGACAAAACCGUGAGAGUGGAGGUUGACAGAAUCCAGCGCUACGCAACCCCUCUUUUACGUGCCAAACAUAUGCCAUGUCUACAUGCUCCAAAAGAAGCUGUCCUGCCACAAUUAAGGGGAAUAGAGAAUCGGCUGAACAAGAAUCCUGAUCAAGCGGCAGCUUACCAAGAGGAGAUAGUCCGGUUACAGCAAACUGGGUACAUCACGAAACUCACUCCUGAGCAGGUGGACUGUUCCAAAGAGAGCUGGUACAUUCCACAUCAUUUGGUGGAGCAUAAUGGAAAGAAAAGGGUUGUCUUCAACUGUUCAUUUGCUUACCAAGGACACAACCUGAACGAGUAUUUGCUCCCUGGCCCACCACUCAGCCCUUCUCUCCUGUCAGUUCUUCUGCGAUUCAGAGAACAUUCCAUCGCCAUUAGUAGUGACAUUCGUGGGAUGUUCCACCAGGUACGCCUUUUGCCUGAGGACAAACCACUACUUAGAUUCAUUUGGAGAAAUCUUCAGAGAGACGAGGCACCAGACGUGUAUGAAUGGCAAGUACUUCCAUUCGGAACAACGUGCAGUCCUUGCUGCGCAACAUAUGCGUUACAAAAGCACGUCCUGGAUCACAGUGAGUCUGAAGAUACACAGUUCUCAGUAGAGAAAUCUUUCUAUGUUGACAACUGCCUUCAGAGCUUCACCUCCUCUGAGACAGCUAAAGGUCUGGUAGACAAACUACGCAGUCUCUUAAGUUCCGGGGGCUUUGAUCUAAGACAGUGGGCUAGCAAUGAUCCAUCGGUCAUCAGUCACCUGCCAGUUGAUGCUCGAUCUCAAAGCAGCAUUCAGUGGCUCAGCGAGGGUCACCAAGAUGCACAAGAGUCAACUCUUGGGUUACACUGGAAUUGCUCAUCAGACACUCUCUCUUAUAAGCAGCGGCGGACAGACCACCCACUUCCAACUAUGCGGAGCAUAUAUCACAUCCUUGCUAGCCAGUAUGACCCCAUAGGCUAUAUUGUGCCAUUCACAACACGUGCCAAGGUGAUCGUACAGAAGUUAUGGGACAAGAAAAGAGAGUGGGAUGAUCCCCGUCUGCCUGAGAAUCUGUUGAACUCGUGGAAAGCAUGGGAAAGUGAGCUGGAUGGUUUACAGCACGUUGUCAUGCCAAGGGCUUACUGCAGUAAAGAACUGGAUCAACCUACCAGCAUGAGGCAGAUUCACAUUUUCUGUGACGCUUCAGAGCAAGCCUAUGGUUCCGUGGCCUACUUGCGAACUGAAAACCUGGAAGGUAGAGUGGAAGUAGCCUUUGUAACCAGUAGAUCUCGGGUAGCCCCUAAAAAGCAGCAAACUAUUCCAAGGUUGGAGUUAUGCGCAGCACUCACCGGUGCACAACUCGCAAAAGUUCUGAGGACAGAAUUAACUUUGCCCAUCCACAGUGUUACACUGUGGUCUGACUCCACAACUGUCCUUACCUGGUUGCUGUCACACUCAUGUCGGUUUAAAGUGUUCGUAGGUACCAGAGUGGCAGAAAUCCAAGAACUCACGGAGUCUGAUAACUGGAGAUAUGUGCCAUCAAAGGAGAACCCUGCCGAUGACAUCACAAAGGGAAAACUGCUGUGUGACAUAGGCCAGGAAAGCAGAUGGAAUAAGGGGCCAACAUUCCUCAGACAGACAAUUGAACAUUGGCCGGAGAUGCCACCAUAUACAACCACUGAUCAGGAUAGUGAAUUGAGAAAGCCAAUCUUCAUUGGCCUAUCAACCACCACUCCACCUACUCCCGAUCCACAGAAAUACCAUACACUUCCAGAGUUACUGAAGGCUUACAUUCAGUAUGCCAACGGGGCGGCCACCGAUAUCCCAACAGCGGAUGACUACAAAGAGGCAGAACUUGCAGUACUCCAGCAGAGCCAAACUGACUCAUUUCCAGACGAACUGUCCUUCCUCAGAGCAGGUAAAUCCUUGCCAAAAAAUAGUCGAUUGCUGUGCCUAGCCCCGGAAUUUGAUGAGGACACCAAACUCAUACGCGUUGGUGGUCGUCUGCGUCAGAUCAGCCAGUUAGAGGAAGAUACAAUACAUCCUAUUGUCCUUGACUCAUCUCACCCAACUACCAAACUAGUAAUCAAGGACUAUGAUGAUCGGCUACAUCACCCAGGACCAGAUAGGGUGUUUGCUGAACUUCGGAGGAAAUACUGGGUGAUACGGGGACGGGCUGCAGUCAGAAACCAUCAGCGACAAUGUCCAGAGUGUCAGAGAUGGAGACAUAGCCAGCUCUUGGCUGACCACUUUUGGAGGCACUUUAUUCGACACUACCUACCCAACCUCCAAAUCAGACAGAAAUGGAAAACUGAAGAAACGGAUCUGCAGGUCGGUGACACAGUCAUGAUAGUGGACCAACAACUGCCCCGCGCUCUUUGGCCUGUAGGGAAAAUUGUUCAGGUCUUUCCUGGGUUGGACAAGAGAGUCAGAUCUGUGGAAAUACAGGUUAACGGCAAGACUUACACCCGACCUGUAGCCAAAAUUAUUUGUCUGCCCUCUCUACCUGACUAGCCUUGAACUUAAUGUAGCAGUCACUUAAAGUUGACAAAUUCACACUGUGAAUUUGGGGGCGGCUGUAGAAAGUGCUCCCCUUUGGCACAUGGACUCUCCCAGUCACCCCUGUCAUUCAGUGAGAAAUGGACUAUUCCAAAACUUUCCACCGGAGUUCGCGAAGUGACGGUGAAGAGAGUUGACGGGUAAUGAAGGGAAAAGUAGAUCGG